AUGAAGCGGCUCGCGCUUCUUGGCCUAGAAGCAAAGGGACUCGAGUCUACCAGGAGUCAAUUAGAACUGGACUAUCCCAACGUGGAGACAAUACUCGAGCCAGCCGACGUUUCCGAUGAAUCCUCUAUCCAGAACGCAAUCAAUCGAGUGGCAACAGACUUUGAAAGAAUUGAUUAUGGUGUGAACUGUGCUGGGAUCGAAGGAGCCCGUUUCUUGACCCAUAAAAUGCCUCUGGAAAACUGGCAGAAGGCCAUUGAUAUCAACCAGAUGGGAGUCUUAUUCUGCAGAUGCUCAAGCAAGAAUAUGCUGGUUCAAACCUCUGGCAUUGCGAGUAGUGUUCGGGGUCCACGUGAAGGACGCCGUGUCAUUGUCAAUGUAUCGUCAAUGUUCGGAAAGGUAUCACCUGCCAUAGGACAUCGCCUCGCAUUUUAUAUCUCCUCAAAGCACGAUGCCAUGGGGUACGGUCCCAAGGGUAUUAGAAUCAAUGCUAUCUGUCCAAGGUCUGUGACCAACCACCUUCUCGCCGCAUAUGAAAUUGUGCUAAGUUUAACCCACUGGUGGAUUGAUUCGUGGACACUCCUAUUCUUGAAGAUGCCCUGA